AUGUCGGCAGAUCUGCGGGCAGAGCUGGAGAAGUUUCUGCAGGGACUGAACAUCCAGACGACCUGCGUGGAGCAUCCGCCGGUGUUCACAGUGGAGGAGAUGAUGCCUCACCUGCAGGAAGUGAGCGGCGUCGUGACCAAGAACCUUUUCCUGAAGGACAAGAAGAAGAAGAGCCUGUGGCUGCUGUCGGCCCGCCACGACAGGCAGGUGAACCUGAACGAUCUCGCCAAGAAGCUCGGCGUCAGCAGCGGCAACCUGCGCUUCGCCGACGAGGCGACCAUGUUGGAGAAACUGAAGGUGGGGCAGGGCUGUGCGACGGCGCUCGCUCUGCUCUUCGACACUGAGCGGAGCGUGACGUGCGUGCUGGACAGCGACCUGCUGGACGGGGGGCACCAGAUGGUUCACUUCCACCCCAUGAGCAACGCCGCCACCCUGGGCCUGCGCCCCGACGACCUGCUCAGGUUCCUGAAGGAGACGGGCCACGAGCCCGUCCUGCACCACUUCGACUGACGGGCCUCGAACGCAGCGCGCCGGACUCUGACAGGAAGUGGGCUUGGUCCCGCGGCCCCCCCUGCACGCUUAUUUAUCUGGGUUUAAACCGCGAAACCCGGGUUUUUACCAGAAAAUAUUUUAAUGGACCCUCUGAACAAACUGGCUCAGGAAAACCGUUUUUGUUUGUGUAAAAAAAAAAAAAAAAGAAAAAACUCUUAGAAAAAAAUGCUUUUUCUUACUUUGUCCUGUAAUUUGUUUUU